AUGGCAAGUCAGAGAUCCCCAUCAGGCAGGCCUAUGAGCUGGAAUUCUUCAGUCCCGGGGACUGCAAGACCACCAGUUGGCGUCAGACCUCCACAGACAGCGAUCAGAGCGGGAACAGGGAUGGUGCCAGGUACUGGACAUCCAGGGACCAGGGCUGCCACCCCCGGUGUGUUAUCAGCUCAGAUUAAAGUGACAGAUCGUCCUGUCACUCUGCACGGUCUCAGUGGAAUGAAGACUGGCGGGAAAGGACCCCAGAGGCAAAUCCUGGAUAAGUCCUACUACCUUGGUUUACUCCGGAGUAAAAUAAAUGAGCUCACAACAGAAAACAGCAAGCUACAGAAAGAGAUUGAUGUCUUCAAACAGCAGAACUUGGUUUACUGGUCAUAUGAAAAAAGUGCCAAGAGUCUUGCUGGGGAAAUCAAAGAUCUACAGGGGCAAUUGGCAGACUACAACAUCCUGGUUGACAAACUGAACACCAAUACAGAAAUGGAUGAAGUAAUGAAUGAAAUCAGUAUUCUGAAAGUACAGAAUGACCGAGAAGCCCAAAGAAUAGAUGCCAUAUUCACAAAGAGAAGAAAGAAGGAGGACUUGAUCCAUGCUAUAAAGGAAGAGAUUGAAAGGGAGAAGGCAGCAGAUGAUAUAGUGAAAAAAAUGCCCCCAGAGAAACAAGCCAAGUAUGCCGAGAAGAAAGCUGUUAACGAGGAGCUGCUACAGGAACUGGCAGCUCAUCAGGAUGAGCUGGAUGCACUGAUGGCAAGGAAGGAAACAUUAGAGGCUGAGUUGGAGCACUCUCAGGUCAAGCAAGAAGCCAUGGUGCUGUACGAACGGCUACAUGAACUGGAGCUGUGCCAAAAUGCCCUGCAGGCUGAACACAAUAGCAUGAUCUCUCCACAGGAAGAAAAAGAACAUAUGCUGAAACAGAUGAAAGAAGAUAAUCAAGAAAUUGCCAGCAUGGAGUGGCAACUGACUGAAACGCGGGAAAAAAUAAACCGCCUCAUGGAAGAGUUGCAACAACUUGACAUGGACCUGGAGGAUGAUCAAGGUGAACAAACCCAAAAGUACAAAGAGCUGCAGGUAAAAGAAGAGGAAAUUGACACUUACCUGGAGAUGUUACCUGGAGUCGAACAGAACUACUUUGUUAUGAAAGAAUCCAUCGCCUCUGAAAGCAUAGAUAGUGAUUACCAGCCCAUGAAGGAGAAAGUCAUCAUGCAGCUGUCUGAAUACAAUAAGAUCCUCAUCGAUGCUUUGCAGGGCACCAAAAAAUGA